AUGGUGAAUGCGGAGCGAUUAGCGAGGCACAAUGUGGUGCCGCACGCCACCGCGCAUCCCGGCGAUGACAAACUCAUUGGGAUGGUGGAGCUCAUCUUCGUGACGGACAAUGAUCUCAUCACGACAGAUUCCUCGCUGGAGACCGAUUUGGAUUCCAGGCGCAACGCCGAGGCCUAUGUAGAUGACGUUGUCAUCAAAACAAGGUCCGAUAAUCAGUUCAUUGCCGACCUACAAGAAACAUUUGAAAAUCUUAGGAGAUUCAAAUGGAAGCUAAACCCCACCAAGUGUGUGUUUGGCAUCCCGUCCGGGAAGCUACUCGGCUUCAUCGUAAGCAGCCGAGGCAUUGAAGCCAACCCGACGAAGAUCAACGCCAUCAGGUUCAUGAAGCCACCCAGGUGCAAGAAGGACCUGAUGAAGCUUACAGGUGAAGUACUCGGCGAGUCCAAGCUACACUACCCCCAGGAGCAGAAACUCCUCUACGCGGUCCUCAUCACGUCAAGGAAGCUGCGCCACUACUUCCAAGCGCACAACGUCAAGGUGGUCUCCUCCUUCCCACUCGGCGAUAUACUUCACAACAGAGACGCCAAUGGCAGGGUUGUCAAGUGGUCGGUGGAGCUAGGGGCCUUGUCCAUCGAGUUCCUCCCCCGCUCCACCAUCAAGUCACAAGCCCUGGCCGACUUCAUCGCUGAGUGGAUAGAGAUCCAGGACCCUCCACCCGACGAACGACCCGAGCAUUGGAUCAUGUACUUUGAUGGUGCUCUCAACCUCGACGGUGCCAGUCUACUCUUCAAGGCCACCAACAACGCGGCCGAGUACGAGGCUCUCAUCCACGGUCUCAAUAUCGUUGCCUCCCUUGGCAUCAGGAGGCUCCACACCUACGGUGACUCCAAAGUCAUCAUUCAGCAAGUCAACAAGGAUUGGGACUGCACUCAGGAGAAGAUGGACACCUACUGCAAGGAGAUACGUAAGCUCGAGGCCCACUUCUACUGCCUGGAAUUCCAUCACGUCCUCCGGGACUACAACGUGGCAGCUGACAUACUCUCCAAGCUGGGCUCCAAGCGGUUACUCAUCCCGGCCAGUGUCUUCGUGCAGGCUCUCAACUCCCCCACUGUCAAGAUCGAAGAGGAACCUCCCACCAAGCCUGACCUAGUGCCAGCCCUAGGCCAGGAAGUUCUGGUCAUCGAUCCAGAUUGGCGAUCCCCGAUACUCGACUUCAUCAUCAACAACAAGUCCUAUACGAAGGACAAGGAGCAUGAGCGACUCACCCGUCGAGCCGCAAACUACGUCGUCAUUGGAACAGAGUUGUUCAGGCACUCGGCCUCUUCAGGAACCCUCUCCAAGUGCAUCUCCCAGCAAGACGGAGUCUGA